AUGAUUCUCCCAGGCAUAUUUGCGGAGUUGGAAAGGGAUCGCAUGGUCAAAGUUGUUGAGAAGACCGUAGAUGAUAUCGAAGGGGCGAUAUUCGAGCUAGGCACCAGAAACCCUGUCGAAGGCGACACGCUUGAAGAAGAGGACAAGAUCGAUAUGAGGCAUUCUCGAAGAACAGCAUGGCUGAAUACCACCUAUCUUCGCAACAGCCUUCGAGUUUGGAAAUGUCAGCUUCGUAAAAUGAACGACCACAUCGCUGAAUCUAUGAACUUUGUGGAAAGUCCACUCAAUAUAUGUGAGAGUGAGAAGUUGAGUGGCGAAGCACCGAGAGUGCAAAGCGACUACGGGAUGGAUACCACGAGCAAAAUGAUCACAGACCGACUUCGAAUUCUCAUCGAGGAGUUUGAGGACCGAAUUCAAGACUGUACGAUGAGUGUGGAAGGCAUGACGAUCGCAACGCAGUGGGCCCAGGGUGAUACAAAUGUGGAUAUUGCAACAGCCACAGGCCGUGACUCUAGGCAAAUGCGGUCCAUAGCUUUGGUGACGAUGAUAUUCCUGCCCGGAACAUUCUUUGCAGUGAGUACAUCUUGUUCUCGAUUUCUGACAUUUCCCCAAAGGCUGCAGCUCUGA